CUGGCUAGCUUUGUGAUGACUAGUUAAGUGAAACUAACGGCAAAUUACCCACCGAUUCUCCAUCUCUGGGUUGAAUGCCAACCUCAUUUACUAGUUGAUUCUACAACAGUAGUGUGUUACUACACCGUUACAGUAAUAUGGAAAUUAUAUGAUACCGUGGUAUGUGAUCUUCCAAAGCAAGCCUACUAUAUAAAAAUAGCUAACGAAGUUUUUGAGCUAGUCUUGAUGAAUUUUCUACCAGAGAGACAGAGACCUCUCACCUCAGUUUUUUUUUUGCGAAAAUGACGUGAGGCACAUGGACCUGACUCCAACCGUGGGCUCAUGGCCCAUCCGAAAAAUCAUCAACAACCAAUGCCCAAUCAAGGCCCACCACAAUCUGCAAAGUGAAGCCCGGUCCGUCUACCUCCCUCCCUUCUUCCUUCCCUUGGAAGACGACGCCUCCUCCCCCUUCCGGAAUCUUCCCUCCCUCCCCUCCCCCCGCUUCCCGCUCUUGAAUCAUCGCCCGUGCCCAUCUCCUCCAAAUCCACGGCCUGCCCGAUGAGGCACCCCACCAGCGCCGCCACGCCACCGGGCUCGCCGGCCCCGCCGCCGCUCGCCAGCCCCAAGUCCAGCGCCAUCAAGCGGCAGCGGAAGGCGGCGGCGCCGUUGGGCGACGUCACCAACCUCCUCCUCCCCGACCCGGCGCCGCUCGCCAGCCCCAAGUCCGCCGCCAUCAAGCGGCAGCGCAAGGCGGCGCCGCCGUUGGGCGACGUCACCAACUUCCUCCUCCCCGAGACCCCGACCCCCAUCAAACCCAGAAGGACUGGACUCCGGCCCCUCCCCACGCCCUCCGACUCCUCCUCGACCUGCUUCUCCACCGCAUCGGUCACGCCCGCACCCCAGCCUUCAUCAGCCGCCGUCCUCGAGGAGGAGCGCAGUGCGGUUAAAUCCCCCAUCUCCACGGUUUACGCGAGGCGCGGGACUACUGAGACUCAAGGGAGGAGGAAUACGACGACGAACCCCACCACCACCACCAAAGGCAAGGAGCCCAUUGCUGCUGCUGGAACGGCGAGUUGCCCUCCUCUUGGAAGAGCCACAAGGAAGAACAGCAGGAAAAACUCUAUGGCUCAGGAUACUCGGCCCAUUUCUUCUUCAGCUCCUUGUCAUGGUGCUAAAAAGAAGCGGCCCCCUCCAAGCAGCACAACAAAGCUACCAGAAGACUUCGUGAAGAAGCAGAGAGCGUACUUCGCAGAUGUGGACGCGUUUGAAUUGCCUGAGGAAGAGGUUUCGGAAUCUGAGUUGGAGUGAAAGGUGAAGCUGAUCCCAGAAUAUAUGGACGUUUUUUUCUGUACAGACGUAGUUUACUGGAAUUAAGCUUACAAUGUAGUAAGUUUGAGUUAUGGUAGCAAUGUAUAGCACUCGUAAUACGAGGAAGAGGUAGUGUAACCUUUUAGUGAUCAAGGGGUCAUUGGCCCACCAACGACCCUUUUACCAAGCUUGUAGCACACUAGUAUGACAAAUACUGAGACCUGAAACGAAGCAAGCUUUGGCUGCAUUAGAAAAUGAGCCAGUUACUCAGUACUCGAUCUUUAGCCUGUCCCGAAGCAGCUACUCUGGAUUAUAAUCUGUGUCCAUGUUUAUUCAUAGUUUUCUU